AUGGCCUCGGUGAGGAGCUUCGUCGAGCAAAAUCUCGGAAAAUUCCCGCAUUUCCUCCUAUACGCGGUCCUCGAGUGGCUCGUCAUCAUCCUCCUCUUUAUAGACGGCAUCAUAGCCUUCGCUUGCAACGAGAUCGCCCGUUUUUUCGAUCUCCGAAUCCCGUGCCUCAUCUGCACGAGGAUCGACCAUGUCCUCGUCCAUCGAGAUCCGAACUUCUACUUCAACGACUCGAUUUGCGAGGCCCACAAAAAGGACAUUUCUACCCUUGCAUAUUGCCACGUGCACAAGAAGCUCUCGGAUAUCCGCACCAUGUGCAAAGGGUGCCUUUUGUCUUUCGCGGCCGAGAAGGAGUCGGACCUCGAGCGGUACAAAUCGCUCGUCGGGGUCUUGCACAAGGAUGUCGAUUGGCAAGUGGAGGACGAGAGGAAAUCGCUCUUGAACAAGAAGGACGAUAACGACAUUUUGCCCGAUGGGAUUAGGAGUGGGAUUUCGAGGUGCACGUGUUGUGGGGAUCCUUUGAAGUUGAAGGCUUCGACUAAGUUUAAUCGGAGCUUGUCGAUGAAUGUGCCCACGCCUUCUCCUAGGGCAUCUUUUUUCGGGAUUAGGAAUGAAGAGGGUAGUGGGAACUUGGAUUUACCGCAUAUCAGGUACACGGAGCUUAAGUUGAUGUCGGAUACCGAGUCGGAGGUUCUCGAGGAGGAUGAUGCUAUAAAUGCGUAUAGUCAUACUAACAGAGAGGACCCGAAAGCUGUCACAAUGCCUUUACUCCCAGAGACCGACGAAAUAAACGAAGAAACCCUCCGAACCCCAACAUUCACCGGCCGGAACAAAUUCUUCGGAAUCCCUCUAUCCGACUCGGCCCAAGCCAGCCCCCGUUGGGCCAACCGGUCCUUAACCGGCAUAAAAAAACUCCCAGUCGAGAAACUCGACUUCACACUAAUGGCUCUCUACAUGGAGCUCGACGAGGAAAGAAGCGCUUCGGCUGUUGCCGCGAACAAUGCCAUGGCAAUGAUCACCCGUUUGCAGGCCGAAAAAGCCGCUGUCCAAAUGGAAGCUUUACAGUACCAGCGAAUGAUGGAAGAGCAAGCGGAGUAUGAUCAAGAAGCAAUACAAGUUCUCAAAGACAUGAUUUUCAAGAGGGAAGAGGAUAUGAAGGCAUUGGAAUCCGAGCUCGAGAUGUACCGUGAAAAGUAUGGGCAGAUGAAGAAGAUCGGGAGCGAGAUUUGCGAGAUUGAUGAUGACGAGGAUUAUCAGGACAUGAAGUCUCAGGGAAUGUCUUCGUUGAGCGAGAGGUCGGAUGAAGGAGGGAGCAGCUCGAGUGGGAACGAGGCCGAGCGGGCAUACGAUCGGUCGAUGGAGAAUAUGGAAGACCCGAUGAGUUUCGAUUUCGAUAAAGAGAGAGAAAGGUUGAGAGUGAUCGAGGCAGAUAAUGGGUUUUUAAAGCAUGCGGCUAUGACAUUGCAAAGAGGAGACGAGGGGACUAAGCUGUUGACCGAGAUAGCUCAGCAUCUUCGGAAACUGAGGCAGCCGGUUAAUAAGUCUCCAUCGGAGGACAGUAUAGAUGCAUGA